AUGCCUGUCUACGUGCUCACUGGUGCCAACAGAGGCCUCGGUCUCGAAUUUGUCCGUCAACUCUCGGCAGACAGCUCCAACACAGUCAUUGGAGCUGUACGCUCAAUGUCAAACGAUCUGACCGACUUGAAAUCACUCAAUAAGAACGACAACAUACACAUCCUGGAAUGCGACACUGGAAAAGCGUCUAGCAUCACCUCCUUCGUGGAAUCAUGCGAAAAGACUCUCGCUGGCAAGAAGAUCGACUACCUCCUCAACAACAGUGGUAUCAAUGCUGUCCCGGAACAGGAUUCAUUGUCGAUAAACGAAAGCGAUAUGAAUGAACAUAUCAACAUCAAUGUUCUUGGACCUGCAAAGACAACUGAGGGCUUUUACAAGGCUGAUUUACUGUCAUCGGACGUGAGGAUCUUGAACAUGACUUCUGGACUUGGCAGCAUGAAAGUCAGCAUAGGCAUCAAGCCAAGGAAGUGCACUACAUACAGCAUCAGCAAGGCUGCACUGAACAUGCUCACCGUACACCAAGGCGAAGAGGUGCGAGAGAAGCUCCCAGGCGCUGUUGUGAUCAGCAUGGACCCAGGUUGGGUCAAAACACGCAUGGGUGGUGAGGGUGCUAUGAUCGAGGCCCAUGAGAGUAUUAGUGGCAUGCUCAAGGUGCUGCACGGGCUGAAGAAGGACGAUACUGCAUCAUUUUGGACAUACAGUGGGGAACAGGUACCGUGGUAG